AUGUUAACUCUUGCUUCCACCUUUAACGGGCUCCGGAAACCGGUUACUCGCGAGUAUCCGGAUGUUCCAACGCCGGUACAGCCUCGAUUCAUGGGCUUUCCGGCACUUACCUGGGACGGAGAUGUUGGUGAACCCUUCUGCACCGGGUGUAUGGUGUGCAUUCGAAACUGCCCAACCCAGUGCAUGUCCGCCAGUAUGAUGGAUAAUCCACUGAAUGAAGAAGGCAAAAGUUCUCGCCGCAAGAUUGUCGAUUAUUUCGAGAUUAAUCUGAAUCGAUGUAUACUUUGCGGGAUUUGCGUGGAGCUCUGCAAUUUUGACGCUAUAGUGAUGAGUCACGAGCACGAAAUGAGCACCUAUGAGCGCAACGGGGACCGUGUUGCUCUUCCCGCGCUCCUGGACAUUGGCAAGAAGUAUCAGCAGGACACAAACUGGAUUCCGCCUACGGUGUUGGCCAAAGCCAAGAAAGAAGCGGAAGACGCGGCGAAGGCUGCCGAAGCUGUUGCGGCCGGUCAGGAAGUUGACUGA